AUCGGAGAAUUUCUAACCUGCAAGUUUAUGACAGGUGUCAAUGCUCCAGAGCAAACCGUGACAAAUUCUAGAAAAUAAGAAGAAAUCCCGUAUCCUUUCCCACUUUCUAUUUAGUGCAGCCAUACGUGCCCGUCGUGUUCCUUAUUUUCAUCUCUUGGUUGUCGUAUUUAAGGUGCGAGGCCCUUUCGGAGUUAGGUUCGUGGACAGUCGGGUCAGUUUAGGCUAAGAACUUGAAAUCCACGUAGAUUUAGUGUUUAUUUUGUGUGGAAGUCAUGGAUGAAGAAUACGACGCGAUCGUCCUGGGCACCGGGCUCAAGGAGUGUAUUCUCAGUGGAAUGCUCUCCGUCUCCGGCAAGAAAGUCCUACACAUCGAUAGAAAUAAGUACUAUGGUGGAGAGUCAGCAUCUCUGACUCCAUUGAGUGAGCUUUUCACCAAAUUCGGAGCCCCUGCCCCAGAUGAAUCCACCUACGGUCGAGGCAGAGACUGGAAUGUCGACCUCAUCCCAAAGUUCCUCAUGGCUAAUGGACAGUUAGUGAAACUACUCAUCCACACUGGAGUGACCCGCUAUCUAGAGUUUAAGUGCGUUGAAGGUAGUUACGUAUACAAAGGCGGAAAGAUAUCCAAAGUACCUGUCGAUCAAAAGGAGGCUCUUGCGUCAGACCUCAUGGGUAUGUUUGAAAAGAGGAGGUUCCGAAAUUUCUUGCUCUUCGUUCAAGACUUGAAAGAAGAUGAUCCUCGCACAUGGAAAGACCUAGACAUUAACUCAACAACAACGCUCCAACUUUACGAGAAGUUUGGUCUUGAUAAGAAUACACAGGACUUCACUGGCCACGCUUUAGCUUUCUACAGAGACGAUGCUUAUCUUGAUGACCUUGCAAUCAAAACCAUAAGGCGUAUCAAGCUCUACAGUGACUCUCUUGCCCGAUACGGAAAGUCACCGUACCUUUAUCCCAUGUACGGCUUAGGUGAGCUCCCGCAAGGUUUUGCCAGGUUGAGUGCAAUUUAUGGUGGCACGUACAUGUUGGACAAGCCUGUUGAUGAAAUUGUCCUGGAGAAUGGAAAAGUGGUUGGCGUCAGGUCAGGAAGCGAAGUUGCUCGUUGCAAGCAGGUCUAUUGUGACCCAUCUUAUGUUCCAGAAAGAGUCAAGAAGGUUGGGCAAGUUAUCCGGUGUAUCUGUCUUCUAAACCAUCCUGUUGCAAACACGAAAAAUGCUCUUUCAACCCAAAUAAUCAUUCCUCAAAAACAGGUGAACCGCCGUUCAGACAUUUACAUCUCUGUGGUGAGUUACACGCACCAAGUUGCUGCUGAAGGAUGGUUCAUUGCGAUGGUCUCAACCACUGUCGAAACAGCAGACCCUUCGAAGGAGAUCCAACCAGCGCUUGACCUUUUGGGGGCUGUUCACCAAAAGUUCAUCCAUGUAUCUGACUACUUUGAGCCCACGGAUAAUGGUACUGAGUCGCAGAUUUUCAUAUCAUCAUCAUAUGAUGCCACGACCCACUUUGAGACUACUUGCAUGGAUGUUGUGGAUAUCUUCAAGCGAGGAACCGGCGAGGACUUUGACUUCUCUAAAGUAAAGGCAGAUCUCGGCCAAGAAGAGCAGUAAACAGAGUUUUAAUCCCUCUCCUCUUCUGUUGCAAAAAGGGCUCUGCAGGCUGGUGACUGGUCAAGACAGGAACAAAGACAUUCAAUUUAGAAGACAGAGUAAUAACGGCUGUGAAUAAAGCUGAUGUGAAAUUGUUUAGUCAGGAGAAUCUAAUGUCUCGUGCAGCUAUCAAGCCUCUGACAUAAACCCAAUAGAAAGUUGUGUUUUGUCAAUGGAGACUAGGCAGUGAAAAUGAUAUGAACCAUCCAUAAUAUUUAUAUUUCUAAGCUUUCAUCAAUUUUCCCCCUAUUACAGCCUUUUCCUCUCUUAAGUUGUGUCAAAACUGUAAUUCCUAGAAAGACCAAGUUCAUUUGCAUUAUUCAAGUCAUCCAUUCAUGCGGUCUUCUUUUUACUUGCAAUCAUAUCAACAAUUCAUACUGAAUGAGAGCAGUAGUCUCCUUUCUCACAAAACUGAACUCUUUAGCUGUCGUGCACUCUAUCUUCUAAAUUAGUCUCCUUUUAGGCAGAGAUGACAAUCAUAUUCACACGUUAAACCAAAGCAAGCUAGAUAAAUCGGACUGGUCUUCUUUUUUUUUUUUUUUUUUUUGGAUAAAAGAAAUGCGCUCAGCAGAAAAGCAGAGGCGCUGUAAUUGAUAUUGGAACAAUCUUAAAAGUAUGAAAGUAUGUUAUCUCCUCCCCCAAUUUUUUCCUCUUCUAUUUUCCAGAGGUUUCUUUUAAACGUCCAUUUUCAAUUAGAAAAAAAAGGAAGUUCUGUGUAAAAAACCAACAUAUCUGCAAUACAGGCGAAAAUUUUCAAAUAAUUUGAAAACCUCCCAAGGGCUUUCACAUAUUAUUAAGUAUGUCUCCAAUCCAUUCUGAUUUAUGAAACGCUUGUUGCUCAUUCGCUGAAAUGUAAAGGACUCUGCAUCAUUUGAAGCAAAGUUUUCAAUUUUGCAAUCCUUGCUAAUUGAAAUGGGUGGAAAAAGAAAUCAAGUUACAUAAGUUCUGGAGAACCUUAUGAAAGUUGCAAAAAAUGAUUAACGAUCAUCCAUUGUUUCCUUACUUCUACAGUUCAUGUUUCUAUUAUGAUUUUUGAGACGAAGAGAAAAAAGGAGGAUUUUAAAGAUAAAUGUAAAAUACCGAAAUUUUAGCUGUAAGUAGAAGUCAAUCUCAUCCUGUUUUAAUGAAUGUCAAAGUUAUCCUCUUCGUCCUGUCUGCCAAUGAAACAGUCUAUCUACUUUCAAUUACUUAUUUUCAACCUUUGAAGUUCAAUCCUUCACCAAGCAAGAAGUGAAGAACCUUUGUGUUUGAAAGCAUAAUAAAUCCAGAAAACAGCUGUUUGUUUUUUAAUAGCUCUUCAUGAUCCUGCAGCCUUCACAAAGACUGACAAGAUUAUUUCUAGUUUGGGGAAUGUUAACUUUGUAAUUUGGAGAGGGGAGGAGCUGUAGAAUUCCGUUUACGUCUGUCCUAAAGAAUUUGUAACUAUCAGUUCUACCUAAUUGUUUUUGUUGAUCAGUUUGUGUUGCAUGUAACAAUAUUUAAGAUCACUGAAAGUUUGACUCAAGGUGGGGCAAUGAUUUGUGAGUGCAAUUUUUUUUUUUUUUGAAUCUCCUUCUAAAUUUUUUUAGAUUUUGAUCGGUAGGUAUAAUUGUAAUAGUUGCUAUCCUAAAUUUCGUUUAUGCUUAAUUUUUUUUUUUUAAAUAAGUCAUUCAUUAAUUUUCAUGAAAAACUUUUUUCUCAGAAUAAAAUUUUCGAAUGACUUUCUCAUAAAAUUUUUCAAACCAUUCUAAUUAAGAUAAUUUUUUUUUAACAUCUUGCCACGUAAAAUUUUGCUUUAAACCCUUCAUCUGAAAACAAGCUGUCAGUAUAUUAAUAAGGAUACAAGGAGUGUCCAGGAAAGCUUGUAAGGAAAUAUUAUUUGAAAAUCCUUCCGAAGUAAAUCUGCUUGCUGUUUCGGUUUUCCUCCUACUUUAUUUUGCUUUUCAUAAUCUUUACGGCCACUCAUUAACCAAAAAAGAGUAGGUAAAGUCUAAAUAUGUAGUGCUAGAAUAUGCAUAAUAGGUAAAUAUGGAAUUUUAAGUCUGUCUCAUCAUCAAAUAGUUUGAAAACUUAAUUUUAAAUUGUUAAUGAUUCCCCUUAACCACAGUAUUGAAACUUUGUCUGCGUGAUGUAAACUGUCUUCGCACUACAAAUGCUCCUAAAUUAAGAAUUGACCUCUGGCAUCUAAAAUUGUUCUGUUUUUUCAGUCUUCAAGGAAACUAUAAAUUAAAGGCCUUCUACUUCUAGCCCGUCUGCAGCUAGUUAAUCACUAGCUUGAAGAAUUCUUAUGGGCCGGAUUUGCUUUAAUGUAUGUGAUGUAAUUAUUAUAUUUUAUUAUUAUUAGUUAUUAUUCUUAUUUUCAUUAUUCCAAAGUAUAGAGAAUGUGUUAAUUUGCGUAGAAGGAAUUGUUUACUAUUUUCUGUUAGAUUCUCUGUGUAUUGUGAUGAAAUCAUGAUCUUCAUUGAUAGUUUUUGGCUUUAAUCGUGUGUGAUGGUAGAGCUCAUAUGCCAAACCAACAAACAAUGUUUAAUUAUCAUGUCGUAGGUAAUCUGUCUUCAUAUUGGAACAACUUAAGACUUGCGUGUAUUGCUCGCCACUUUUGGAAAUCCAAGCUGUGCAGGAUGUGAGAAUUUUUCAAUUUUUAGUCUUAACUCGUUUUAUGCCCCGAACAUAAAUUGAUUAAAAUAUAUUUGAAUAAAAUGUAUUCAUAUAUAGCAAGUUUUCUACAAGCAUUUACAUACUUUAAGAAAGAAAAAUUGCACAAUUUAUUGUAAGGAGUUUCUGUAACUUUUCCUACAUUUUUACAUUUAAACAUAAAAAAGAAAAAAAAAUCCACCAUAAUAUCGCUCUAAUAAAUUAUUUGUUAGGUAAUUUGUAGAGUCAGUCCAUGGCUUUUCAACCUGUUCGCUCCUUUCCGAGUGCAGAGGAUCAGAAUUUGAUGUAGUACCUAGAAAUCUGAAUUCUCCUUAGGUGCAUUUUUUUUCUUUUUAAAUCUUAGAUAGGUAUACUGAUUAAUCUAUUAUAGAAAAUUUUAUCGGAGGUUAGCCAAUUUGAAAAUGAUAAGCUCUCUUAAAGAAACAGGAAAUGUGUAAAGUAAAAGUAAAAAAACAAAAACAAAAAAAAAAAAAAAAAAAAAAAAAAAAAAAAAAAGGAAAAUCAACUUGUGUAAUUCCAUUGCAGUAAUAGAACACACAAAACAACAGCAGAAAAUACAGUAAUUAUUUCCCAAAAGUAAUUCUUCAGCAAGGAAUUUGCUUCUCCUCUUCCAGUUUCAAACCCAUAUUCUUAAAAACCUCACCACCUAAGUUUGUUUUGUGUGAACUGUUCAAAGCACGAACGCCUCUGAAAAAAUACUCCUCUCUUGUUGAAGUACACCCAUAAUGUCAAUCAAUGUUUUGUGAAGUUAGCGUAAUUCUCUUAGACUUUUGAUUAUUAUCAAUCUUGAUUAUGUUACUGCAUUUAUCCAUUCUAACCAACUGCUGAAUGGGGAACACAAAUUAGGCACUGGCUUAUGUUAGGUAAAUUUUGUUUGGCGAUUACUACUACAUUUCGUUGCCAAAAUUUUGUUAAUUUGCAAGUUAUAGCACCUUAUCAGUUGAAUAGAUAAAUAAUUGAUUGUAAAGUAACGAAGUAUGUCUGUUUUUCAAUGUGACAAGUAUCAAUUACAGCAUCCAUUUGGUAUAUAUAAGUUCUGAAAGUUCAAUAUUUCAUUUUGAGAAUAAUUAGAAUUAAAGGCGUAUCAUUGCAGUUAACCUAUUCUGGUUUUUUGCAAUAUUGAAGAAGAAAAUAAGUUGAGGAAUCUGGGUGUCUUUUGAUAAAUCAUUUUUGAUUCAUUAAUCAUUCAGUUCAAUUUGUCAAUAAUCAUUCAUAUCUCAGCAUGCAUUGAGCUUCAGUAGUUUUUUCCCUUACUUUUUGCAUUUAAAGCCCACCCUUUCCUAACCACACAACCGAUUAUCGUUUGAAAAAGUUUUUCAUCUAAUUUUCAGUAUCUUUCAUAAGGGACAUGUCAUGUCAUCCCUUCUAUAUUUUUUAUCAUCAUUGCUUGCUUCAUAACAUCUGAGCGCAAGAGCUAAAAUGUGAUUCCACCAAAGUACGAAAUUUCUCAGCCUCAGGUCUCUCAGAAACAAUUCUCUCUCACAAAUAAACAAAUGAUUUCUCUCUGCAUAAAAGUGCUUCUCUAAAGUUGCUCACUUGAUGAUGACAUUGGUUUGGAAGCUUUUUUUCAAUUUUGCAUGGAAACUGUAAAAGGAAUAUAAAAAAAUAUUGUGUGACACCAAACGUGCUUAUUAAUCUUCACCAGCACCUCAAAUAAAUUUCCCUUGCAUUCUUAAGCUUGUGAUUUGUGCCCAGGUUCAGCGACCCAGUUUUGUUUCCCUUUUUUGAUUUAUUUACGAUAAUUUUUCUAUUACUCUGUCUGUGGGUUAUUGCCGUCAACUUAUUCAGUUAAGCUUUUUUAUGUUAUAAGGUUGCUAAAUCAAUGUUAUUCAAAUACAUUUUAUGUAUUUAAA